AGCGCAGCGCCUCACCCGACUCACCUUACCGCGCGGUAACUCGAUGCCAGGGCACGAAGCUGUCAGAGGGGUCCUCUCGGCCUGCUGAUAUGGAACCGGUCCACCGGGGUCUGGGUCGCUGUGUUUGCUGUUUCUGGCUCGCGGUAGCCUUUGACAUUGUGGGACUGCUUGUACUUCUCAUUGGGGUGUUCGUGAACGUGUUCUUUUAUGACCUGCUCAUCUACGCGGGGGCCAUCGUGAUCUUCCUCAGCCUCAUCUGGUGGGUGUUCUGGUACUCUGGUAACAUCGAGGUGCCCCCGGCUGAGCUGGAGGAUGAUGUCGGGUUGGCGAAGAAGGACAAGGGAAGGCUGACCGGCCUCGGCGGCGCGGUGAGGCGCCUCUCCAGCCGCGUGUCCAGCGGCAUCAGGUCCUCGCUGCGGAGAACUGGUGCACCAUUCGGCCCACGUGCGCCCUCCGCGCAGAGGUCAACGGGAGGGCCACAGGUGGCUGUUUCCAUGGCAACGAUGACCGCAAAGGAGGACACAACGCAAAGUACUUUCCCUGCAGUGGCAAGCUGUGACGUAGAAAUGCCGCACACAACAACAGAGAGCUCACCUACAUAGUGUCCGACAGACUCCAGACGAGCUGCCUUACACUCUCUUCUCCUCCGGUUCAUGCUGAGAAAUUCUUAAAAAUAUAUGUUUAAAAAUGUGUUGCCGAGAACAUCUUUAUUUCAAUGUAUUUUCCAAAUAAAUGUGAUCUUUUAAUCAGUAUAGCAGAAUUCA